UCCUUGUAUCGUCAUACCAGUUUCACUGCCUUCCUAAACUAGCCAACGACGCGCAGAUUUGUAUUAUUUUACUAGUAUUUCUAAAUAUUUUUCAAUAUAUUUUCUACAUUUGAGUGGAGUUCUUUUCCACGGUUUUUCAUUUCCACGAAAUGCUCAUCAUGACAUAGUUUCACAACGGUUUGUCCUGGAUUUUUCUCAAGUGUCCACUGGAUUAAAAGCCUUCCGAGAGACUCCUUUUUGUGGUUUCCAUUCAAAGACAAGUGUAUUCAAUUUUGCUUGACAGCCUUGUCGAGAUGAGCAAAUCCAAGAACAAAAGUGAGAACAAGACGGAAAAGCAGCUUGCAGCGGAGAAGGAGCAGUUUGGAAAACAACAGUUGCAAUACAUAAGCAAAUGUCUCACCUCGGCUGAAGCGCCACCCAAAUCCAAAUAUGUGCGCAACAUCCUCCUGGGCAGUCACAAGGAGGGCGGCGCGUCCACCAUGUGGUCGUACAUCCUCAACCUGCCGCUGUCCAGCAACGCCAUCAUCAGCUGGAAGUUCUGCUACCUGCUGCACAAAGUGCUGAGAGACGGACAUCGCAACGCUGUGAGGGACUCGCACAGAUACUGCCAUAAUGUGAAAGACAUGGGUGCCUUGUGGGGAAACCUGCACGAUCGCUACGGCCACAUCGUGGCCUUGUCGGCCAAAUACCUGUGCAUCAAGAUGGAGUUUCAUAACCGGCACAAAUCCAUUCCCAGCAACAUGGAGGCUUCUGACGAGACUUUGGAGCGCGAAGCUGGAAACGACAUGAACAGAGUGCUGGAUAUGACCCAAGAACUGUUGGAAUACCUGGAUGCUGGACUAAAAAUGGCCGAUACUGUUCUUCGACAAGUGGAAACCAACGGAGCCAAACCCAACACGCCGGCGGGCCAGUGUCGCCUCAUGCCACUCAUCCCGCUCAUUCCAGACUGCAGUUUCCUAUACCACUUUUGCGUCCGCUUGCUCUUCAAACUGCAUAGCCGCAUUGCGGCAGAUGUUCUACUCGGCCACAGAGAGAGAUUCCGGGAACUCUUCAACAGCCUCAAGCAGUUCUUCAACAAAGCCAGAGAGAUUGAGUUCUUCAAAACUAUCAUCCAGAUUCCAGAGCUCCCAGAUGCUCCCCCCAAUUUUCUGCGUGCGGCCGCCUUGGCCGAAUACAAGAGGCCGGUGGUGGUCAUUCAAAAUGAGGAGCGCUUUGACGAGGAGGAGCCUGAACCGCAAACAGAUGUACGGGACUCGCAGCAGUAUUACCUGCUGAGCCAGAUGGGCAUGCCUGAAGUGGACCAAAGGGAGCAGUACAAUGAGAACGAGAGCCUAAAGAGAGAACUGGAUGUCCUGAAACCAGAACUUGAACUCAUUAAAUCUGAGGCUCAGCGCUGCGUGACGGAGCUGCGGGCUCAAGUGAACUACCUGGAGGCCGAGGUCGAGGAACAUCGCACCCACAAGCAGAUGGCGCAGGCGGAGAACGAGCACCUGCGCAUGGAGGUGGAGGCCUUGCGCUGCGCCAACGUGGCCAACGUGGGCGCUCAAAUCGGAUUCAAGGAGGCCGACGGUCGCGCGCAGGCGGCUGAACUUCGAUUCACUCAACUCAAAGAAAAACACGCUGAGCUGGUGACCAGUCACGCUGACCUCAUGAAGAAGAACGCUGAUACCACCAAACAGCUGGCACACACCAAACAAGACCAGGACGACAUAUAUCGGAGCAAGCAGAUGUUGGAGAGGGAGUUGGAGAACCUGCGUCGGGAGAUGAGCAACUUGGUGCACCAGAGACAGAACGAGACGGACCGGCUGAAUAAAGAACUCCUUGAGCAAAGAGCCGAGUUGGCGCUUCUUCGCAACAGCCUGCAGAGCAAGGAGAUGGAAGGCUCCCAGGCGAGCAGCAGCCUGGCAGCUCUUCAGGCCGAGCGAGACACCUUGCUGCGCUCGGCUCGGGACCGCGACGGUGACCUGGCUUCCCUUAGGCAGCAGCAAAGCACGGCUGACAUGGAGAGGGAUCGCCUGAGUCGGGAGUUGGAGGCGCUCAGGGCUCAACUGCAGCAACAGCUGAACAUCAACGCCCAGCAAAAGUUGGAAAUCGACCAACUGCGCCGUGAGCUGGAUGCCGCCCGGGCCGAGCUGACGCGCGUCAACAACAGCCUGCAGAGUAAAGAGCUGAGCGGCUCUCAGCUGAGUAGCACCGUAGCGGGUCUCCAGGCGGAAAGGGAAGCCCUGCUGCGUUCGGUGCGGGAACAGGAGGCCGAGCUUGGUUCGCUCCGGCAGCAGGCGCAGCUGCAGCAGAGCUCUCUGGAACAGGAACGCCAGCGAAGCAGCAUGGAGCUCGGAACCCUGCACGCGCAGCUACAGCAGCAGGUCAAUCGUGAAGGCGAGCUGGCUCAUAAGCUACAGGAGGAGCAGUUCUGCCUGCUGCAGUGCGCAGUGGUGGAGGCGGAGGGCAUCAUCUUGGACGCUGUGGCCAAACUGGAUGACCCCAUCCACGUGCGCUGCGUCUGCUCGCCAGAUUAUUUGGUGAACCGGGCCGAGACCACUUUGGCAUCGGUGGACAAAAUGCAGCAGAGUCAUGUCAUUUAUCUAUCAAACAGGAAUGAUGCCAGCGGCCUGCUUCGGGCGGUCACUCAGUUUUCCCACUUGGCCGCCGAUACCAUCGUGAACGGCGGCGCCACGUCACAUUCGGCCCCCACCGACCAGGCCGACCGUUUGACGGACAACUGUCGGGACUGCGCCAAUAGCUGCCUUCAGUUCUUGAAGGACUUGAAGCUGCAGGCCACCUUGCAGAGAGCCGACUCCAACGCCAUACGAUACGCCAUUCAGCGCAUCCUCGCCAUGGGACAGGAGCUGCGUCCUAAAGGGCAGGAUGUUCUCAAGGAGGAACUAGGAAACUUGGUGGACAAAGAGAUGAUUGCAACCUCCACCGCCAUCGAGGAAGCCGUGCUACGGAUGGAUGAGAUCUUGUCCCAGGCCAGAAGGGACACAAGUGGUCUGAAGCUGGAAGUCAACCAGAGCAUCCUGGGCUCCUGCUCUGACCUCAUGAAGGCCGUUCACAUGCUGGUCACCGCCUCGACAGAUCUUCAGAAAGACAUCGUGGAAGGAGGGAGGGGCGCAGCUUCUGUCACAGAAUUCUACGCCAAAAACUCUCGCUGGACGGAGGGACUGAUCUCUGCCUCCAAGGCGGUGGGCUGGGGCGCCACACAGCUGCUUGAGUCGGCCGACCGCGUGGUGGGCGAAAACGGGAGGUACGAAGAGCUGAUAGCGUGCUCCCACGAGAUCGCCGCCAGCACCGCCCAACUGGUCGCCGCCUCCAAGGUGAAGGCGGAACGUGGCAACAGGAAGCUGAGCACACUUCAGCAGGCCUCGCGGCACGUCAACGACAUGGCUGCCGUGGUGGUGACCUCCACCAAGCACGGACAGAUGCAAAUCUCGGAACAAGGAGCGAUGGAUUUUUCCGGAAUGUCGCUCAUCAAGCUGAAAAAAGAGGAAAUGGAGGCUCAGGUGCGGGUGCUGCAACUGGAAAGUCAGCUGGAUCAGGAGCGCGUCCGCCUGGGCGAGCUGAGGAAGCGCCACUACGACAUGCAGGAAGGCGGCAACAUGCCGGACGGCGAUGAGAGUUUUCCCCCGCCUCCACCGCCCACUUUAUUGGACGCCGGCUCCUUCCCGCCGCCACCGCCUCCGCCCGAGCCUGUCGCUCUCCCCGCCUUUGUGUCCACCAACCCCUUCGCGCCUGCCCCAUCCCAAUCCUACUCGCUGCCUCAGUCCUACACGCCUUCCCAACCCUAUGUGCCGUCACAGUCCUACUCGCCAUCACAGACCUACACGUCGUCUCAACCUUACGCGUCGUCUCAACCUUAUGCGUCGUCUCAGCCUUACCAAGCGUCCACCCCGAUCCCCAGCCAAAAUUAUCUGCAAAGCCAUUCCUACUCGAGCCCGCAAGCCUCCACGAAAACCCCCAACCCUCCCCAGCCUUCCUCGCAGUCCCAUAGCACUGAGUCCAAGACGAUAGACUUCGGAAAGCUCAGCUUCAGGAAACCGGGCAUCUUCUCAAAAUCCGGAAACCUGUUUAAGAACGCGUUCAAACGAGGGGAAACAGGAAGCGGGGCCGGGGAGUCCUGAAACCGGAUUGAGAGGAACUCGGAGAAGUUGAAGCGCAAACAUUUUCUUUGUGCAACAGUGUGCUUUUGUUCCAAAUCAUGAUGAGGAAGCAUGGGAAAUCUUUCGCCUUCUAGUGUUUGGGUGUUGGAAAUGCACUUAAAAACGCCAAUUUAAGACACUUUUUUUUCCCUGCUUGAAUUCUUGCUUGAUUAAACAUCUUUUUACUUGACUUUUGUUUGAUAUCUUGCACGGUCAGAAACAAAAAAAGCAUUGUAAUGAUAAUGAAGGAGUUAUUACAAUGAAGCCAAGAAAUACAUUCAUUAAUAUUAUUUUAAUCACAUUGUAUGAUUGAUGGCUGCCAUUGUUGGCCAUAGACUUCCAAUGCGGUUGAAGUAGGGGUAAUAAUGUUAUCACUAAAGUCUGAAUUGUAUUAGAGUAAAAUGGCAUUGUUUUAAACGAGCAAACAGUCAUUUUAUGAGACUAAAGAUCCUAUUUUAGUUUAAGGACGAGCCUUUUUUCAUGAAAGGAAAUAUGAAUCAUUUUAGCGCCUGGCCAAAAAUACUCUGACGGCCACCUCACAUGUUAUUUUAACACACUGGAAUGGGAACAGACAGAAGCAGGAAGUUGACUGUGAGGCAAGUGAGACUGAAUGGAAAAGUGCAUCCUUCAAUGUAAAAUUAAUAAGGAUGUUGCUUACCUUUAAAAUAAUUUAAAAACAUGUAAUUUUGCUUUUUUCAAAAUAAAAGAGAAUGCCCGAUACUUCAAAAUAAAUUAGGAUUACAAAGAUGCGUCUAUAUUGAAAUGGAAGCUAAUUGCUGGAAUUCUCCAAAUUUCAAAAUAAAAUCCAGCAGGAAUGCAGCAGUAAGAGGCAUUCCUACUAGUUUUGUUGUGAAAGUUGAGAAAUUCCGGUUAAGUUUUUGUUUUUAAAUGAGGCAUUCCGAUUUGCUUUGAUUUUGAAGGAUGCGCCUUUUUCCAUUUUACUUUGAAGAAUGUUGUUUGAAAAAAGCAAACAUUUUUAAUAGAUAGAGAGAAUAUCUGCAGUUUUUGGUUAUUAAUAUCGUAAUUGAUUAUUGGUUAUUUAAUUAAAAAAAGAAAAAAUCUAUACAAUUAAAAUAAUAAUAAAAAUAUUUACGAUUAACUAUUGCCUACCAAUGACAAUGACAGACGUCUAAUUCAUCUUAAAUGGGACAACUAGCUGUGGACUUUGUUUUGACCGGUUUUAUUUAUUAAAUUCAGCAUUACGAUUUGCUUUGAUUUUGAAGGAUCCUUUGCAGUGUUUUUACAUUUUACUUUGAAGGAUUUUGUUUAUUUAUUUUUUUAAAGCAAACAAAUAAAAAAGGGAAGAACUGCAGUUUAAU